CCGCUCUAGAGACCGCCUGUGCCGGCUAUAGGGCGACGUUUCUCCGUCCCGUGGUGCCUUGCGCGCGGAAGAGCCGCUCAAUUAUGGCGGCGGUUGAAGCCUCCACGGCGGGCCUCUCGCUGGUGGAGGCCGUGCUCGCCUCCUCGGGACGCCUGCAGAAGGAGAGCCUCGGAGGACGGAUCGCGCGCCUCUCGUCCCGCGUGGAGGAGCUCAAGGGGGAAGUAUGCAACCUGAUCAGCCAGAGGUACGUGGAGUUCCUCCCCAGCAUGCAAAGCGCUGCGGAUUUGGAGUCCGAAGUGCAGGAGCUGUCCGGGAGCAUCGACCGGCUGAAGAUGCAAAUUGAGAACGAGGUUCAGCACGACCUGAAUGUGGCCAUUACAGAAUUUGCAGAGCUGAAGCAGCAGCUGGAAAGAGAUACGCUCAUCCUGACUCUGCUGAAGCAGCUCCAGGAGUUUGACACUGCUCUGAAGCAGCUGAAUGUCUUGCUGCCGCAGAAGAAGUACAUCCCGGCGGCCCGGCAGCUGAACAAGACCCGGAGGAUUAUGAAGGUGAUGGAGUCGCGGCGCGGCUUUGAGUUGAAGAUCCUCAAGGCGCUGAGCAGGGAGCUCAGGGUUCAGACCGAAAAUACUCUCUACCUCUUGGGCAAAGACUGGCAGCAGAUGGCGGCCUGGAGCCUCCCUCCUCCAUCAAAAGAAAUGAGCAGCUUGGAGUCGGCCACUCGGACGGAGCUGCGCUUGUCCUCGGUGCUUCCCAAGGACGGCCCCGUGACCGGACCCUCGGUGGCCUCCGUGCUGCAGGCCUUUGCUCUCCUGGGGGAGCUGCGCUCCAAGUUCCAGCAAUUUGGAGGCUUGUUGCUGACGCACAUCCUUAAGCCGCUGAUCUGUCACCCGUCACUCCAGCCCUGUUUGGAAGAGCGGCCCGACUCCGCCACGCUGAGGUUCGAAGCGGUGGGCUCCGAUCAGGGCCACCCGUUGCCGGCGGAGGUCUUCGCCAAGCUCAAGGUGGUCCUCAGGGCCCUCCAUCAAUACCAGUUGGAUGUCCCCUUGGAGCCCAGUGCCGAGGAAGAGGAGGAGGAGGAUGGCCGCAGGCCCGUCUUGGCCGAGGUUUUGGGUGACGUGAUUGGGAAGGAGCUGUCCAACUGCCUCAUCCAGGACUGCCUGGUGCACUCCAUCCCCCAAAAUAGUAGCAAACUAGGGGAGUAUAGUGAGGUGAUUAGAUCUGUGGAGGAGUUUCAGGAAGCCUUGAAGGAGAUGCGCUUCUUCAGGGAGGACUGCACCGACCUGCUGACUUACGCCCGCAACGUCAACGGCCACUUUGCGGACAAGAAGUGCCAGGAUGUGAUCCAGGCUGCCAGGAACCUCAUGACCUCGGAGAUCCACAACACCAUAAAGGUGACGCCGGACUCUCCGGAGGCCCUUCCCUCGUUGCCAGACCCCGGAGCCGGUGACCAGUCCAAGGCACUAAUGCUCCGCGACGUGACUCCGAAGCCGGCGGCCAGUUUGGAGGAGGAGACCCGGCUGAGCCGCCACACGCUGUCCUUCCCCGCCUGCCGCAUCAGCGACUCCACCCAGAAGUUGGUGGCCUUGGCCUACCAGACGCUUCAGGAGGCCUCGGUCAGCGUGGAACAGCACCGCCUUCAGCUCUUCUACUCUGUGCGGAACAUCUUCCUCCUGUUUUGCGACGUGGUUCCCAUGUAUCACAAGGAGAACCUUCAGAAGCUUCCCCAACUGGCAGCCAUCCAUCAUAACAACUGCAUGUACAUUGCACACCAUCUGCUGACUCUGGGCCACCAGUUCCAGGGCAACCUGAACGACCGGACGGCCACCUUUGUGGACCUGGUGCCUGGCUUCCGGAAGCUUGGGACGGAGUGUUUCAUGGCCCAGAUGCAAGUGCAGAAGGAGGAGCUCUUGGAGAGGCUCUCGAGCGCAAGGAACUUCUCCAACGUGGACGACGAGGAGAACUACUCCGCCGCCAACAAAGCUCUGCGGCAGGUGCUGCACCAGCUGAGGAGGCUGGGCAAGGUCUGGCAGGACGUCCUUCCCGCAAACGUCUACUGCAAGGCUAUGGGGACCCUCCUGAACCUGGCCCUCACCGAGAUCUUGAGCAGGAUCACAUCCUUGGAGGACAUCUCUGCAGAGAAUGCCGACCGGCUGCACGACUUGUGCCAGAUCAUGGUGGACGAAGGGCCCCGGGUGUUUGUGCCUCUUCCGGAAGAGGAGCAGAACCGACCCUUCCAGGAAGAGGUCCCCGUCUACGUCCCACGGUGGAUGACCUUCAAGGAGCUCAUGCUGGUGCUGCAGGCCAGCCUCCAAGAGAUAGUGGACAGGUGGGCUGACGGCAAGGGUCCUCUCGCAACCGCGUUCCCAGCGACCGAAGUCAAGAACCUGAUCCGGGCCUUGUUCCAGAACACGGAGCGGAGGGCAGCUGCCUUGGCGAAGAUCAAGUAGAUUUGUUUCCUUUCUCCCGUCUCUUUUCCCUACUCCUCCGACCUCACCGUCUCGCCAAUCCUCGAUCCCAAAGUAUCCCUUGAUCUUGUGUGCAGAGGUUCUCUAAGGCAUCGGUCCUCGUGAGACCUGGAGACAUAAUGGCCCGAAUUGGUGCGGGAUGUGGACUCGCUCGAUGCUAAACCCCUGGCUUUAGGAUCGAGCGAGUCCACAUCCACAAUUGGCUUUGGAAAUCCAUGAGGAACAGCAUCUGUGCAGCUGAUUCCAAAAAAGAGAGGCCUUUAUCCGCGUCUCUUUCUUUCGCAAGCGGCUUCUAUUAAAGCACACGAGACUCAGGGCGAAGGAAAUCUCAGGGGCCUUCAGAGGCUCUCAAAAGUGCCAAAAUGCCAGUAAAUCCGCUACUCUCUCUCUUUCUUCAUCUUCAUUGGGGAGCAACAUGGAAGCGCAACUCCUCUUUUUUUCAUUUUCCUCCCUUUGGCAUUAAAAAAAUGACUUUGCUUUCAGUGGUUGAAACCUAAAAAUGUUGGCCGAAGAUGGGAAGACGGUUAGAUGAAUCAAUAAGGGAUAGUCAUUACUGUAAAAUAUUUUCUUCUGUUGCAACAAUCUGACUUGUGUUACACCCUCAAGCUGUUAUUUUCUAUGCAUUAGUGACACAGUCUCAGACGGACAUUUAUUGCAUACCGUCCUGGCUUUAUUUAGAGACAUGCACCGUUUUAAAAAGCAAUAUCCGCAUAAGUGGGAAGGGGAAUAAAGCGAUAGAAAACAUUCCUCAAACCCAUUCCCUCUUCUGUUGUUGUUGUUCCUUGCAGGACUUCUUUGGAAUCUGGCCUUUUUUGAGUGCCAUUUGUGGGAGAAAAGAGGGAUAACAAUAAAUAAAUAUUAUUAUAAUAAUAA